AUCAGCGUCAACGUUUAGAGGUUCCGUCUCCGUUUUUCCCACUGCCCGAACUUCCGAGAAGCAAGGACGGCAAGGACCGCAGCGGAAGAGCUUGUGGACAAGUGUAUAGGAUCGCGCAUUCACAUCGUCAUGAAGAGUGACAAGGAAAUCGUAGGCACGUUGCUGGGAUUUGAUGACUUUGUCAACAUGGUAUUAGAAGAUGUCACGGAAUUUGAGAUCACACCAGAAGGAAGAAGGAUCACCAAGUUAGAUCAGAUUCUGCUGAAUGGAAAUAACAUAACGAUGCUGGUUCCUGGAGGAGAAGGACCUGAAGUAUGAAUGGAUUCUUUUGUCACUUGGCAGGAUUUUUAGUUGAUAACAUCCUCUGUCCUGGAAAUGGAGAAUUUUUUUUUUACAUAUAAUGUUGAUAUUCGAUAGUUCAAUUUCCUGUUGAAGGGAAAAUGCUUUGAAGAAGGCACUGUAAAUGCUCAUUUUUGUAAGGUAAAAAUUAUGACUUCUUGUUAAAGAAGAAAUCGGGUUGUUUUUCACAGUCUAAAAUAAAGACUUCUCUAUUGGGUUCAGCA